AUGUCCUCCCCAUCGCCAGUCGACGCCCCAGAGCAUGUGCUCCAGCUUUUGUCACAGGCGCAUAAACUUUCCUUGGACCAAGAGGCCGGACUGUCCAACACCGGCAGGUUCAUAUCAUCGGAAGCCAAAGUCGACGUAGCCAAAAAAGGAACAGACGGCGCACCGCGAGACGCAUUCAAUAACCUCAUGCUUGAUAAGCUCAUCGCACUUGACGAAGACAAAUGCCAGUUCAUGUACCAGCUGAUCCUAUCCACUGGGGCAACAAACAUAGUCGAGGCGGGGACUAGCUUCGGAGUCAGCACCGUCUACCUCGCUCUCGGUAUUGCCAAGACCAAAGCGGCGACUGGAAAGCAAGGCAUAGUUAUUGCUACAGAGUGGGAAUCGGAAAAGGCAGCGAGCGCUAGAAAGUUUUGGAAGCAGUGCGGCGAGGAAGUAGAGACGCAGAUUGAUUUGAGAGUUGGAGAUCUUCUCGAAACCUUGAAGACGGAUUUGCCAGAGGUAGACUUGCUUCUACUUGACAUCUGGCAAGCCGUUGCCCUUCCAACACUCAAGACAGUCCAGCCAAAGCUCAAGUAUGGCGCAGUUGUCCUCACAGACAAUACCACCAAGGGUGCAAAGGGUUACGCGGACUUGCUAGGAUAUCUCCGAGAUCCAGAGAACGGCUUUCGCAACAUGACUCUGCCCUUCAAUGGCGGCUUUGAGAUGAGCGUGUACCAACCGAAGGGGAAGUAG